CAAACUCUCAGCAAGAGCGGGAACUCUCGAAUUCGGAGGCGCGAGGGAGGCUUUGGCGCUUUUCGCUCUUCGGCGUCGGGCGCCAUGGCGGCGGCGACUGAGAUUCAGUUGGAUGUCGAGGAUCUGAAAUCUCAGGAAGUGUCUGACAGUGAUUCAGACAGUGGACAGGGAAGCUGUGAAAUGACCUCUCCAGCACAGAUGAACAAAGGAAUUGCAUCUGUUGAUGAUGAAGAUUCUGAUGAAGAGAUAUAUGUGAGUAAGAGAGUCAAAUGUAAGAAGAUCCUCCCUGACAGUGACAGUGAAAGAGAAGACCUGGCUCCUGAGAAAUCAGAGGCUGCAACUGGGGAUAUGGAGAGCAUGAAGGAAAAUGAUGAUACAUUUGAUGCUAAGGAAAGGAAAUCCAACCUAAUCUGCCAGGCUCUGCAAGACAGUGAUGAUGAUGAAGUGGACCACUUGUACCAUAAUAAGGACCUUGGAAUGUAUCCAGAGCUUGGCUUGCCUGAACAUAAGUUGGAGAACUCUGGGAAAAUACACAAGAACCACAGAAUUCAUUGUAUAAAGGAAAUUAUUGAAAAAGAAAAGGGUGCCCCAAGGAAAAGGAGGAAGGAGAAAGAGAAAAAAAUGAAAGCUAUUAGAGAUAUCAUAAAGAAAGGAGUGGCAGAAGAAGGGAAGGAGGAUAGUGAGAAGUUUUCUUUCAAUGACAGUGGGUGUCUGCUGACUGAUAAAGACCUCUUUGAGAAUGGCUUAGAGGAAGAGGAUCCCCUUCUUCAAGAUGAAGAGUCUCUAGAGUUGAUAAAAACUGCAGGGAAAGAGAAAGUUAGAAAACGGAAGGAGCGGAAGGCAGCCAAGCUGGGUAAGGAAGCCAUCAAACAGCUGCACAGUGAGACUCAGCGGCUUGUCAGAGAAGCCAACAUCCCUCUCCCAUAUCACCUACCAGAAGCCAAAAGUGUCCAUGAAUUCUUCAAGCGCAAACCUCGUCCUGCCUUCCAGGGAAGUGCUAUGACUUUGCUAAAAUCAACUAAAUAUCAGCCCAGUCUGGAUGAAGAAAGUGCUGUUCCAAAGAACCCAGGUAUCAGUUGCAGUGAGAGUAGGAGAGAACAAUUUAACCAAUCAGCAGGGAGAGCAUUGGCAGCAGGGCUUGAUCUGCAAGCUUCGGCCCCCUUGAACCCUGCUUCUGCCAGCACAGAUGAAACUUCUACUGGCGAAGUGGGAAAUUUGGCAAAAUAUUGUCUUGAGGAAAAUGGACAGGGCAGUGAUUCCAAAAUUGAGUGCCUUAAGGAGGAGCUGAGUUCUGGAAAGCAAGAAAAGCCUGAUCAAAUCCCUGCAGAAUGCAUCAAAUCAGUAGAGAAUGAAGUGGAAGAAAACUUACUUGAGCAAGUGGAGGAGCAAUCUUCAGAACUCGGUGGAAAGCCCAAAGACAUUGUGCAGCCACAGGAAGCAGUGUUGUUAGCUCCUGCUGAAAAAACAAAGAAGUCCAAGCUAGAUCGGCUUCGAGAGCUGGGAGUAGACCUGACAAUCAAGCCUAGACUGUGUUCCGGGGAUGAUUCAUUUAUUAAUCUUGAUGAGCCCGAAUCUAACAGAGAGCUAGAUGCUUUGAAGAAACGUUUUGUGAAGCAUGCACUUUACACAACCAAGCCAAAAGCAGAACGAACGGUGGGCUUGAAUAUCAUUAGGAAAGAGACCACUCAUGAGGGCAAGGAGGAGCUGAGACCAGAUGUGGUGGCAGUGACGUUGGCUGCAGAGACUGUGGAGGGUGCAACCCAUGCAAAGCCAGGUGAAAAGCUACAAAUGCUUAAGGCUCAACUGCAGGAGGUAAUGAAGCUCCGCAGGAUGGAGGAACGCCAGAAGCGGCAAGCAUUGUAUAAAUUGGAUAAUGAGGAUAUGGUGGAAGAGGAGGAGGAAGAGGAGGAGAUGACAGAUGAAUCUGAGGCGGAGGAGGAAGGCAAUCAAGAGACUGUGGAGUAUCUCCUUGGUGAGACAGAGGAAGAUAAUGAGCUGGAAGAGCAAGGCCCUGCAGAUAGCGACAAAGAAACUGACAAAGAUUCGGUGGAUGAGGAACGAGCAGCCAACUUUGUGCACUGCACUGCUGUUCCCAAACUUUCCUCAACAGAGUCAACCUUGCUGCUAUUCAAGGAUAACUCUUCAAAAACAGGGUGUUCUCUUCCAAGUGAAAAAGCUGAGGUGGAAGAAGCUAUGGGAAGAUCACACAAGCCAGAAGAUGAAGAUUCAUUUUUACUGCCGAACUUGGCAAAGGAAAACAGCCACAACAGCAGCUUUGAGUUGAUUGGUUCUAUGAUUCCCUCCUAUCAACCUUGUAAUAAGCAACUGGCACGUGGGGGCAACUUUCUGCCUGCCAUUGGAGUUGUCCGCUCUCCUUCUCCCGGCUUUUUCAAAACCAGCUUCAUCAGUUCUGCUUCUAAGAGUUCAGGGAAGGCAUCUGAGCCUUCCCUACCCAUAGAGGAUUCCCAAGAUCUCUACAACGCUACUCCUGAAGAGAAAAGCCCAGUUCCAACAGCUGGGAGGUUCCAGUUCCAGUUCUCCCUAGAAGACGACACUCAGAGUCAGUUGCUUGAUGCGGAUGGGUUUUUGAAUGUUGGCCAUCACCGGAGCAAAUACCAGUCAUCCAAGGAUCGCCUACCGUUGGCCAGCAUGGACGAGAACGCCAUGGAUGCAAACAUGGAUGAGCUGUUGGAUCUGUGCUCUGGCCAAUUUGCUUCUCAGAACAAGUGUCCUCCCAACACUUACCAUGGCAAGAAGCAGAACAUGGAAGAGCUGCUCAACCUUUGCUCUGGAAAGUUUGCUUCUCAGAAUUCUCCCAUUCGAUCCUCCUCAGCAAACCCUAAAAUGGAAAAAAAGAACAGCACUGAUGAUCCAAUGGCUGAGGCCGUAGCUCUUUGUUCUGGUUCUUUUUCAACUGAAAGAGAAGUGGAAGAAGAUGAGGAAGAAGAAUUUGGAGACUUCUGUCUCUUAACAGAUGAGCAUGCCUUUGAUAGUGAAGAAGAGGAGGAAAAGGAAGGAGAGACAGAGGAAGAAGAAGAAGAAGAGAGUGAAGAUGAAGUAGAAGAUGAUGAUGAUGAAGAGGAAGUGUUGAGACGAAGGGAAGGAAUGAAGAAGAAAUUCAAAUUGCAGGACUUCAUGGAAGAGGAGGCUGAGCUGUCAGGAAGUGAGAUGGGGAGUGAGGAUGAAUAUGACGGUGAGGAACUUGAUGUUUAUGAAGAUGAAGUCCUUGAUGAGGUCCUCCCCACAGAUGCAGAACUCCAGGAUCAAGUCAACAAAAUACACAUGAAGGUGAUGCUGGAUGAUGACAAACGACAGCUGCGCUUGUAUCAAGAGAGAUACCUUGCUGAUGGAGAUUUGCACAGCGAUGGCCCUGGGCGAAUGAGGAAGUUCAGGUGGAAGAACAUAGACGAUGCUUUUCAGGAGGAUAUGUUCCACAAUGAUGCAGAGAACGAUGAUGAAAACGAAGACCACCUGGACGAGACUGAGGCGAAGUGGAGGAAGGAACGCUUUGAGCGGGAGCAGUGGCUUCGGGAACAGUCGGAGAAAGGGGAAGAGGAGGAUAUCGAUGAAAACAGCCAGUUCAUGAAACUGGCCAAAAAAGUCACUGUCAAGUCCCUACAAAAGAAAGCAACUCCCUCAAUAGCUGCACAGGAAACUAAAUCACUACCCAGAAAUCCAUUUGAAACUUUCCGGUCUGCCAGUGAUCCACAGCUGAAGAAUGGAUCACUGCUGAACAGGCCCAAAGCAGUCCUGCAGAAACUGGCAGCCAUUUCAGACCUCAACCCAAACGCCCCCAGGAACUCAAGGAAUUUCAUCUUCCAGACACUGUCCCCAGUCAAGAGCGAGGAGACAAAGGAGAAGUCCAAGCCCCAGGUCAAGAAGAGAGCUCCUGCCGCCAUUGCAACACCUUCUCCCAAACGGCUACGGCUUGAUGACACGUCAGCUCAAGAAACCCGGAGUAUAUUCCAGUACUUGGAGCGAUAAAAGACAUGGGCGGAGAGCACCGAUGGUGCUUGGUCUUGGUCCAGCUGCUGCACAGACUUCUCAAGGCAAGGAACUGAUGCAACUCUCUCUAGAGUGGAACUCUUUUGAUAAUGAGAUGCCUGGAAUGUCACUUGGCCUGCAUCCCUGGGUGCACAAAUAAGAGAGCAGGUGAAAGGGUAUGUUCUGCCUGUUGGAUGCAGCUGCAGCUUGAGUACCAGUCAAACCUGCACAUCUCUACAUUGGUCUUAUCUUCAACUUGCACAAUCUGCAUUGCACUCCCAAGAAGAGUUCUGGGCCAGGCAUUUGAGGACUGUGUUUUCAUGCUUAAAUAAAUGAUUAUGGAGGCGGAAUAUCUGCCCCACCUGUGUUUCACUAGUUGUUGAGGGCACCCUGACAUUAUAUAUAUUUGAAAGUUCUAGGGCAUUUUUAAAUCAAGGUUUUAACUUUUUUAAAGGCAACUUUGGUUCCUUUUUCUGUUCCCCACACCACAUUCUCAUGUUCAAUUGCUGCCCCUCCUUAUUAAACAAAACAUGUGAAAUUGUGUUGAGGAAGAAAACAGAGGCAGGGAAACUUGUCUUCUGUCCAUUGUGCAUCCUUCUCUGUUCUCCAUACCUUUAUUUGGACACUUUAAAGCUUUCAACAUGAAAAAUAGAAAGGGGGGG